UUCUAGAAAGCAAAUGCUGAAAUUUAUUGAAUGUUAUGAAAAGAAAAGACCAGGGUCAGUAGAAAAAGAGAGACCUGGACAUGUUUCACAAAAAUACUCUCAAGAAGGCUAUCCUGGCCAGAAGCUAUGCAUCUAUAUAAGAAAUUUUCCAUUUGAUGUUACAAAAGUUGAAGUGCAAAAGUUCUUUGCAGACUUCUCCCUUGCUGAGGAUGAUAUUUACUUGCUUUAUGAUGACAAAGGAGUUGGUCUGGGAGAAGCAUUGGUGAAAUUUAAAUCAGAAGAACAGGCCAUGAAAGCUGAACGCUUAAACCGACGAAGAUUCUUAGGGACAGAGGUAUUAUUAAGACUUAUAUCUGAGGCACAAAUGCAGGAGUUUGGUGUAAAUUUUUCCUUGAUGACCAAUGAGAAAAUGCAAGCCCGUUCUCAGUCAUGUGAUAGAGAUGACCAUUCCCAUUUAUUUGGCUCAAAAGACCGACCUGUAUACUCAUUUGGCCCUUCUGAAAACUUUAGAUACCAGCUAGAGGACUUGAGGCAACUGGGGAACUCCAAACAUCCCCAGGGAUAUUUCCGACAGCCUGAAAGGCACCCUCCAGAAGACUUCAGGCAUUCUCCAGAGGACUUCAGGUUUCCUACGGAGGACUUCAGGCAUUCCCCAGAGGACUUUAGGCACCCUCGAGAGGAGCACUUCAGACGGCCUCCUGAAGAAGACUUCAGGCACCCUCGGGAAGAAGACUGGAGACGGCCUCUUGAGGACGAUUGGAGAUGGCCACUGGAGGAGGAUUUCAGACAGCCCCCUGAAGAAGACUUCAGGCGGCCACCAGAGGAGGGUUUCAGGCGUCCUUGGGAGGAGGAAGACUUCAGAUGCCCUCUGGAGGAGGAGGACUUCAGGCACCCUAGGGAAGAAGAGUUCAGGCGACUCCCCGAGGAGGAUUUCAGGCAUUCCCCUGAGGCAGACUUUAGGAGGUCACCCCUGGAGCAUUUCCGACGGCCACCCCCGGAGCAUUUCAGGAGGCCACUCCAGGAGCACUUCAGGAGGCCACCUCAGGAGUACUUUAGGAGGCCACCCCAGGAGCACUUCAGGAGGCUGCCCCAAGAGCACCUUAGGCGGCCACCUCAGGAGCAUUUCAGGCGCUCCCGAGAGGAAGAUUUCAGGCAUAUGCCAGAUGAAAACUUCAGGGGCCCUCCUGAUGAGGACUUCAGGAGCCCCCAGGAAGAUGAUUUGAGAUGCCCUUCUGAUGAGGACUUCAGGCAGCUCCCUGAGGAAGACCUCAGGGAAGUUCCAGAGGAGGACCCUAGACUUCCUGGCAAUUUUAGACCUCCCAGUGAGGACUUUAGGAGCCCACCUGAUGAUUUUAGAAGUCAUCGUUCUUUCGUGAAUUUUGGUCGUCCAGAAGGUGGCAAGUUUGAUUUUGGAAAGCGUAAUAUGGGAGGUUUUCCUGAGGGGAGAUUUAUGCCUGAUCCAAAAUUAAAUUGUGGCUCAGGUAGAGUAAUUCCUAUUAAGAUAAUGAAUCUUCCAUUUAAAGCUAAUGUUAAUGAAAUUUUAGACUUUUUCCAUGGUUAUAGAAUCAUACCUGAUUCAGUUUCAAUACAGUAUAACGAGCAAGGAUUACCCACAGGAGAAGCCAUUGUUGCUAUGAUAAACUAUAAUGAAGCUAUGGCUGCCAUUAAAGAUCUAAAUGAUAGACCAGUUGGCCCCCGCAAAGUUAAGCUAAUUUUGCUUUAGAGAGCCUUUCUUAAAUUCAGAGUUUCUACAGCAGUAUUGAUGCAGUAAAAUGCAUUUUUGAAAGUGUUUAUUUUUAAUUAUCUAAUGAAACAUUUUAAUUUUGACCUGUGAAUACAAAAACAUGUAAAUAGAAUGUGAAUCUGGCUUUGUUUUGCUUGCAAAUUGCCAUCUUUUUUUUUUCCAAUUUAAAAUUAAAAUAGAUUUUUUUUCUUUGAGAGAUGGAUAGCCCUAAGUUUUUCUUGAUGUUAUGGAUAGACCUCAAAGACUUGUAUAAAGUAGAGCUGUGUUCACUUUUAGUUCAUUCUGUAGCCAACAUCUUUUACUCAAACUGUGUAAGGAGAUGGUCAGUGACUCUUCAGGUUUAGCAUUGCUACCUGCCUGCAGAAUUAAUGCCUUCUUGUCUGAGAUGUUGUGUUAAGGUCUCCUGUUAAUAGUAAAUAGUUCAAAUGAACAGACUGUGAACUUGAAAUUUACUUAUGUAAAAAGCUUAGGAGAUUCUUAAAAGUUUCCGUGUUUAUAUUUUGCAAAGUUUUAUAAAAAUAAAAAAUUGCAACUGAAAUAGACUAAUUAACUUGUAUUUGUAUAAAAGAAAAAAAAUUACAGCUGUGAAUUAAGUUUUCAAUGGCUACAUUAAACUGAUUAUGGGAGCGACCAAACAUUCUGUAAUAAUUCUAUGGUUUCUUGAAUUUUGAUACUUAGCACUGGAGGGAAAUUUUUAUUAACUGGAUUAAUAAGAUUAACACAAAAUAUCCAAAACAAAAUAACAAUGUGAUUAUAGGUACAAUGAAACUCUCAGGCUUAUGUUGGGAAGAGUCUGACAAAUGGGUGGGAAGAAUUUUCUUAUGAUUCAUAGAAUUUAUAUGUUUAUUAUUAGCUUCUUAUUUUUUAGGUUCAAAACUUUGUGUUCAUUCAAAGACUCCCUAAGUGUAAGACUUGUGGAAUCGAAUUUUGACUUCUUUGAUACUCUUCAUUUAGUACAGAUAUUUUGCAAAUACUGGAUUUGAUUUUCUUUAUCCCUAGUAUUUUUUAUUCCAAUGAUUAUAGGACACUUACUAUGUGCUGGGCACUAAAAGUGCUUUAUAUGUAUGAUCUCAAUAUUUACCAUUUACCUCUAUCACAAAUGAGAUAAUAAAGUUUAGAGAGGUUAAGCAAAUUCCUGGAGUCAGUCACUAAGUCAUGGAGCCAACAUCAACCCAAACAAAUCACUUACUCCAGUUUGUAGUCCUAAUACUUUUGCCAUGUCCCUUUCUUAAAUAGUAUUUUUAAUUUUAGUAAGAUCAUGCUAAAAAUAUUUUCAGAGUGCUCAUUGUUAAUUAAAAAAAAAGUGACUUAAGGAGUUUUUAUAUCUCCAGGAUUUCUCUUGGGAUACUCAUGUUACAUACUGGCUUCUAAUUCAGAAUUAUUCAUUUUAUCCAACGUGAGUUGGUUGGCCUUUUAUAGUUUAUAUAAAA